UUCCCACCUCCUGGAGCUGCAGUUACUCAAGUGGAAAGGAAGACGGUUCAGUGGUGACGCUGGGAAUGGAACUGUGGGCAGAUUGACGGCGGUGCUCGGUCUUGGUCUCCUGCAAACAUUAAUCCCGGGGAAUAAACCGGAGUUGUUGCACUGCCAGGACAGCACGAGUGUUAUUCCGGGGGAGGUGGAAAUUGGUGAGAAGCGACCCCGGUGCCAGGAAUACAGAGCACCCGUUUCGUUCCGAGUCCCUGCGAGGAAAUGUAAAGCCUGCAGAGGGUGUCUGGCGGGGAACACCACUAAUCUGCUCGGGUGUUUAAACCGGACUGUGAAUCCCUUUGGAACAACACAUCCUAUUUAUAUAUUUAGCUGCUCUUGCCAUGGAAGAAAGUGCGAGCGAAUUACUGCCGGAUCUGAAGGAUUUGGAGAAUAAGGUGGGACGCAAGACGCCCGAGGGCUUGCUGCGGUGGUUGCGGGAGGACACGGCGCGGCUGGCCGGGGAGAAGGUGGACACGGCCGGGGCGAGCGGGGACCAGGCAGCGCUGUUCCCCGGGCAGAACAAGAGGCUGCCCCAGGGGCUGGCCGAGAAGAUCCGAGUCCUUCGACUGGAAAUGGCAUAUCUAAGAACGAUUGAUAUCAAGAUUAUGCACCAACUGAUGGCUGUCAAUGAAGGGAUUGAGGCAGUGAAGUGGAUUUUGGAAGAAAAAGGCACUCUUGCCAGCAGAUGCAGCAGUCUGACCAGCAGCAUGUACAGCCUUGUGGAAAGCCAGGAGACUUCAAGGAGAGGUAGCUGGAACAGCCUACAGGAUCCAAAUGAUAAAUUGGAUGGCAUCUCUAUUGGAAGUUUUUUGGAUACUUUGGCUGAUGAUAUGGAUGAAUAUUGUCAGACCUCCAGUGAUCCUUUGUCUUCUACACCCUCAAACCAUGGAGGCUCAUUCACUACAAUGGAGAAGGAAAUAUAUACCAAUGAGACGCAUUGUCAACAAACCAACUUGGCUAAUGGCUUUUCAGAAAAGGAAGCAAAAAAUGCUGCUGAUUGCAAUGUGGAAAGUAAAUUCUGUCAUGAUAAACCAUGUAAAGAUAUUGGGAAACUGAAGAUCCAAAAAAAUGGGAAAAUAGAUCAUGAUGGUUGCAAACGAAAUAAAAUGCAUAUUGAGUAUGAUGCCCAUUGGCACUGGGUACAGUCACAAGAUGAUGUAACGUUCCUGUGAGGGCUGAUACUGAUAAUGAUCAAUGCAGUAGUACUCAACUCCCCCACAAUCAAAUCCAUUACAAUCCAAAUCUGAAUUAAUAAUAUUAGCACUAGAUGAGUACAUGUGGGCUAUUUGGAGCUUUAAGAUUUUUUUUAAUCCUUGAUCAAAAAUUUUUAGCAGUAACCGAGCGUGCAAGUUUCAAAAGAUAUUUGGUCCUCAAAAAGGUUAUUCUGCUCUGUUUCAUUUCAGUGAUGCGUGACAGUAACAAGCCAUUUGCUUUGGCUGCUUUUUUUUAUUGCAGACUGAAACUGUCAGGUUCAUACAUAUGGGUGGUUAAUAUGGCAAAAUGUAGAAAAAACACAUUGGAGGUAUUAUAAUAAAAGCCAAAUGUUUCAAGUGUCAGAACAGAGCAGUAAUGGGAGAGACUUGACAGUUUUAAAGAUUUGGAGAAUGAGAUGGAUUUUAAUUGCUGAGAUUACAUUUAGAUGGGAAUCAUAAUUGGUACAAACAGUUUGUAACUCGGUUCUUUUGUUGUAGUAUAAAUGCAGCCUUAAUCAGGAGACCAACCUGACAUUGGAGCAGAGCACAAUUAGGUUGGAUCACAGUUCUGGAUUUACACCACAGGCAGAUAGCACUGAUAUGAAAUAGAAACUAUUUCACACUGUAAAUGCAUUCUAGAUAAAGCAAGCUGUUGCUGUUAUAAAAAUAGAACUCUAAAAUAUAUUUUGGUUAUGACAAGUAAUGGGGAAAAUAAAAGUCUGUAUUCUGGCUCUGAGUAGCUAAAUAUGUUUUGAGCUACAGGUUGAGUACCAUAUAAUGCAAAGGAUUAGGAUGAUCCUUCGGUGAAUAGUAUUCUUAUACGUCACAUCAAUAAUUAUACUGUUUUCCAACUAUUGCAAAAAUUAGGUAGCAUGAUAAUUGUAGUGUAAUGAAAAUUAAUUGGGUGUACUUUCAUUUGCAAUAUUAAUGAGGUUUGGUCUAGCAGGUGAAAGAUUAUACUUUUGUACUUGGGAUUAAGCACUUAAAUUUUGAUUUAUCUGGGAAGAGAAACAUUCCAAGGCUCAGCGGGUUUAAAUAUUUGCAGAGACUUAAAAUAUUUGAGCCAUUCGUGAGUUAGUCACUUCUUGUGUGGAUAGUUUGAGAUGCUAAUUUCUAAUGGGGUUACAUGCUUCAUGAGCCCUGUCUUCAUCCUCUAUGUAGCUUUUAAUAUGGAAUAUGUUCGUGCACAUAUUCAUUUUUUCUUUUGGUAGAGAGAAAUUCUGAUUCAUGUUUAAAUGGCAGGGUAGCAGUAAGUUAGUUAACCUCUCACUAUGGCUGGGAAACCUUUUAUCAAAUGUCAUUCAGUUCAACACAUACGUUUCCUUUUAUGAGGGAAGAUAUUAGGUCACAAAGAUUUUUUAAAUCUAGCAAAAGGGAGGCAUCAUUAUUGUAUAUCUGAAAUGUGUGCAGAAAUAAUCACUUUAUGUAAUUAUUCAAAGAAAUGUUUUAAGAUAUAAUGCAGGAUUCUUUUGAUGCAAACACAAUUGCCUUUGGGAAGGUAUCACAUUUUCUUGCCCCCCCCCCCCAAGAGGAUGUUGAAUGACAAACCAGCAGGGAUGUUUGAAAACCGCAGAGAAUUUUUCUUGUUAAAAUAGCUACUGUUCUGCAAUAUUGGAGUUGCAGUUUGACCUGGUUUAUUCAAACUCUUCUGGAGUACAUUUAGUUAUUAGACUUCAAAUCAAAGGCCAACUCUGCUAUUCAUUUGAAAAUGUGUAAAAUGUUAAAACAGACUGUUGAAGCUGCUGUAGAAUGGAGGAAAAAAAAAGCCUUUUUAUUGUUUUGCCAUUAAUGCUGAACCACCUUUGCUAUUCCUGAAUUUAGCAUUAAGUCAUGUGUACAACUUCAGAUAGUGAAGGUCAUCAGGAGUUUUCAGAAGUUCAGGGAUCCAAAGUUCAUCCUCUAAGGUUAAAGUUUGCCUUAAUCCUGUCCCUAACCACCUAGUUUUGAAUUUUUAAGCAUUUCUUUCUGUGGGCAUGCAUCCAGCCAAAGAAGUGUGCUGUUUAAUUGAACCACUUCUUUCUGAUUCUCUAAGUAGGAAGCCAUUUUAAUUGAGAAACAUUUGAUCAAAGUUGGACUGUGCUGAUGUAUUUUUUUUAAUUCAGGUGAUUUGGCAUGCAGUUACAGGAGAUAUAGUGAGCAAAUAUUAGCUUGUGUUGAGGUAGGCAUGUCUUCUAAAAAAUUGAAUUUUAAAAGUCAGGCCAACCAUUGGUGAUUGAAGUGUUGAAUUUAUGUGUUUGUAUUAAUGUUGUUUUGCAACCUCAAGGUUAUAAUGCAUUUUUCAGAAAGUAACAAUAUAUUAGAACAGACAUGAGCCAGAAAAAUGAAAAUCAUAUCAUUAGCAGUGAAUCAGUCGAAUGGGCAGUUUUGGAAUUAAAAGGGUCUUCUAGUUUGGAUUCACCAUGUAAAACUUUUUUGAUGAUCCAGUUUCUUAUGGUGGAAGAUAGGUCUAGGGAGAAAGCAUAUUUGGCUUAAUAAGUUAUGGAUAAACUAAGUCUCUCUCUUUUUAUGCUGUACUCAAAAUGGUUCUUAUAUGCCAGAGAUAUUGAUAUUUUUGCUGAAAUAUAAAGGUUUUAAACAAAGGUUUGAAGGUGAUUGAAGCGCCUGCCAAUGUUCAAUGAAAACAGGAAAAGAAAUACUCUUUAAUAAAGCAACACAGUGCACUAAAGUCUUGAAGUAAGGUGAUUGCCAAACGAUGAACAUUUCUAUUUGUGUAACAUGUACAUGUGUAUAGUAUGAUGUGUCUGGAUAUUGUAGAAUUUGUCAAAUUUAACUUGUUCAUUGAUAAAUCCUGGAAUCGAUCCCAUGUGUUUGGGAUUUCCACUCUCAUCCUAACUGGACUAAGAUUUAAAUAAGAUGCUUCAUUCCAUUAACUGCAUUUAAUACAUUCCCUGGUUAUACAUUUUGUAUUUUACUAUAAAACUUAGUUUUAUGAAUAAAAUAUAAUCGUGAUAAUAUGCUUGUGAAUGUAACAGCUAUCUAAAUUACAGAUUGAUGCAGUGACAGCAAUAUUAAACCCUUCUGUAUACAAAGUUAAAUU